AUGGUUUUUGUACAGGUGCUAGCAUUGGCCGAUGGUGUGAACUGGGGCGAAGGAGCUCGUUUGGCGGCACGAUGUGCCGUUCGUGGCGCCAUUGACCAUAUGAAUGAACAUAUUGAAGAUGGCAAUUUGGCUAACACUACGGAAGUUUUCCAUGAGCUUCUUGCUUCAUUCCAUUCUGCCCAUUCGCUAAUAUUGCAAGAAGGAGGCAUGCUUACGACCCUUUGUGUCGCCGUAGUAGCACCUGCGAUUCAUUGUGACAGCUGGGUACUAUGCGUGUGCAAUGUUGGCGAUUCGCUUUGUUUCGUCUAUAAUCGAAAUUAUGGUGUACGAGAAGUCACCAUGGGUAGCCAUGAUAUCGACCAGCGGGCUGAAACGGAUAACAAAGAAAAUUCACAAUUACCUCCUAGGGAUAAUAGAAAACUAUCAGUGGCUACUAAGGAUUCACCAUCUCGAGAAUUUGCUCGACCAAGGCCCUGCGCUGCAUCUUUACCAUGUGUAGAUGCUGCCAGCCGUCAUGAACUGAUGUUGAUCAGGAUGAGAGACAUUAUUGCGAAUGGGAUAGACCCUCCCAGAGAAGGCAAAACGGCGAACCCUGGAAAAUCCAGAACUCUACAAGAAAGAGAAGAUGACAAAGUCGGAACAACGAGCAAG